AUGCUGCUCGUCGCAGCUGUCCCCAUCACUUUCCUGUCUUUCCAUCUUGCACGCGUAGUCGCCGCGGUUCCCGGCUCGUCUUCACUACAGAAUAUCCUCAAGAACACUGACCGCAGUGACUUGUAUGGCUAUCCAACCGAUCUGACGAGAGGGAUUAUCCCUAUCCCGGUCCAUUCGCAUAAUGACUAUUGGAGAGACCUGCCGUUCUAUUCAGCUCUCUCCGCCGGCUGCAUGUCUGUCGAAGCGGACGUCUGGCUGUACGAUGGCGAACUCCUCGUCGGCCAUGAUCAAUCCUCCCUAACCAGAUCACGCACCCUACAAUCCCUUUACAUAGAUCCGAUCAUGGAUGUCCUCCGCCGCCAGAACCCGCACAACCCUUACCUCUCCGAAGAGACCAGGAACGGCGUCUACGACGCAGACCCCUCUCAAACCCUCUAUCUCUUCAUCGACGUCAAAACGUCCGGCCCCAAAACCUGGCCCCACGUAAUUGCAGCACUCGAACCCCUCCGCCACGCCAACUACCUCACCACCCUCCGCAACAACGAUACGCUAAUCCCAGGCCCAGUCACUGUCAUUGGCACAGGGAACACACCACUAAACCUCGUCGGCCCCGUCAGUAACCGUGAUUACUUCUACGAUGGCCCCUUGGCUGAUCUUGACAAGGAAUGGUUUGAAGAUAUAACCAAGUUCGUAUCGCCGAUUGCAUCAACGAAUCUUGAAUACGCGAUUGGUGGUGGUGGUGGUCGUGGUGAUCGUCGUGCGAUUCCGUUGUGGGCACCGGGGGAGGGAUACCAAGAGGGCAACGGGAAAGGGAAGGGGAAGGGGAUGGAGAUGGAGUGGUUGAAUUCUGAGCAGCUGGAGAAGUUGAGGGGACAGAUCGAGGCGGCGAAGAAGAAGGGGAUUGGCGCAAGGUAUUGGGGAACACCUGGGUGGCCGGUGCGCGUGCGGAAUGAGGUGUGGAGGAUGCUGCUGAGGGAAGGGGUUGCAUUGGUGAAUGCCGAUGAUUUGGAUGGGGUUCAGGGGUAUUUUUAG